UUGCGACGAAGUUUGAGACUCCACUAGCUGCGCUGCUGUAGUUUAAUACGCCAAAUAUUAAAAGACAGAAACGUUAGAUAUAUAGUUCAACCUGAAAUCUUGGUGGAGUCAUCUUCUGUUCAACUUUGAUGCCGUUUUUGUGACAUGGACCCAGACAGAGACCUCAACCCUGACACGGAUGACCUUCCACUCCGAGCCAAUACCAACCACAUACUUGUCAGACAUUAUGUGCUGGACCUGACUGUCCAUUUUAACAGGAAGGUGAUCAGUGGUAGUGCUGUUGUGUUUCUGGAUCCUUGUUCCAGAGAUGGUCCAAAAGCUGAGGAUGAUACUGGACCUGGAUUUGUCACGGUAAAUGAGUCGAAAGAUGCAGAAGGAGGUCAGGAGUCAGAUGUAUGCAGAUUUGGGGAUGUGGAGGAUGGCAAAAAAAGACUGGAGAGGCUAGAUGCUGAAGAUGAAAAUGCUCAGUCUUCACUGUCAUGGGAAACCAGCAGUGAUGGUGAUUUCACUCUGAUUCUGGACUGCUGUGACCUUGACGUCUCAAAGGUGGAAGAGUUGGACGUCUCUGCAGUGCCAGCCAUGUCUAGCCUCUUACCAGAGGUCCCAUCAGAGGGGUUAGGGAUCAGUUUCAUUAACCUGCAGUCAGCCUGUGUUGAAAAUCUUAUCUCAAUGCCCUCUAGCAAAUGGAAGGAGAAACACCGGCUAUUGUUGUUGUGCAGCAGUGCCCCUGCGGUUCCAGAUGGCCUGUUGCGGUUUUAUAGAGAUAAAUGGAGUCUACAGGUGAGGAAGAAAGGCGUUGCAUCACCUGCAGGGUUCCCUCGUGCUCUCAGGAUCUUCUACGAGACAAGGCCAUUGGGAGGCUCUGUGAGGUGGACCAAAGACCAGGACAACAGGGUGUGUGUUUACACUGCCGGUUCUCCCAUCAACAACCGAGCCCUCUUCCCCUGCCAGGAGCCGCCUGUUGCCAUGUCAACAUGGCAGGCAACAGUACGGGCCCCCAGUGAGUGUGUGGUUUUGAUGAGCGGGGAGGAGCAGACUGUACCUAUUGAGGACAGGGACACACUUUCAGGUUUCUCAAUCUGGAAUUAUUUCGUCACUAUGCCUAUGCCUGCCUCCACCUUCACCUUGGCAGUGGGCCACUGGCAUGAAGUUGCAGCAGAAAUUCCCCCCUCAUUGGAAAGUGGGUUGAUUGACAGGAUGGUUUGUGGCAAGACGGCCAAACUCGUGGCUGGGCACGGAGACUGGACUGAAGCUGAGCUUGUGUCUGGACUUGGAAGCUCUUCCAGUGAAGUAGUAAAACGCUCUUCUAUCCAGACUGGCAGAGGAGACCAAACCACCCGCUCCGAGUCUGCAUUCUGUUGCUCUUCCCUUGAGGAUGAGGGGGUCUCUGAUACUGAUUAUUCAGGCAUGGUGGAUGACGGCAUCUGUUGUUCCCAUGGUGACUACCCUUGCCGAUUUACAGAGUGGUCAGCUAUGUCCCAGCGGGUGAUCCCACACCGUGUGUUUUGCCCUGAAUGCUUGCUGCGUGACGCCCAGAUGGUCCUCAACCUAUUGCCUCAAUGUUUGGCUGCAGCCUACACUGUUCUUGGGGUGCAUCCCUUUCCUCGCCUUGAUGUUCUUAUCGUCCCAGCAGGUUUCUCCAGUCUGGGCAUGGCCAGCCCCCAUAUCAUUUUCCUGUCUCAGAGUGUGUUGGGCACUGGGAAUCCUGGUUCUGGACAGAACAGCCUUUCUCUGUGUGGGUCCAGGAUCUGCCACGAGAUCGCUCAUUCUUGGUUCGGGUUGGUUAUCGGAGCCAGAGACUGGACCGAGGAAUGGAUCAGCGAGGGCUUUGCCACAUACCUGGAGGACAUAAUCUGGGCUCAGGCACAACAACUCGCUGUACAAGAGGCGGCAGAGCAAUCUGACCUGAAGGCACUGCUGAGGUGGAGACGACUCGCUGAUGAGCUGCAGAACUCAGAGGAGGCUCUCCAGAUCCUCAGACCAAACACAGAGAACACCGGUCAGGUCAGUGAGUCGGGCGCCUCCAUGGUUAAACAUGCCCUCAACCCUGACAAAGCCUUCAUGCAAGUCCACUACCUCAAGGGUUACUUCCUUCUCAGGUUCCUGGCCAGUCAAGUGGGAGAGCAACAAUUCAUUAACUUCUUCCACCUAUUUGUGAAGAAAUACCACGGGCAACUGAUUUUGUCCCAGGAUUUCCUGCGAAUGCUGCUGAUUACCUUUCCCGACAUGGAGAGAAAAGGCCUCACCCUUGGUGCUAUUUACGCUGACUGGCUCGAUCGACCAGGGAUUCCAAAGUGGCUGUACGAAAGGAGCGCCGUGUGGUCACAGGCGAGACUGGUGGAAGAAGUCAAAGCAGAGGUUGUAAAAUGGAUUCUCCUCAGUCAGAGUCAUCAGGGGAAGGGCAGAAAGCGGAAGAGAACCGAGCCCAAGGUGAACUACAAAGAGGUGGUGUCGGAGCAGCUUGUGAUGCUUUUGGAGCUUCUGCUAGAAGAAGAGGAGCUAAACGUGGCGACAGUGCGCGCUCUGCAAAGAACUUACAACCUACAGAAUCAAGACGCUGAGGCUCGGCAUCGCUGGUGUGAGCUGGUGGUCAAACAUGCAUACUCUCAGGCUUAUGGAGACGUGGAACAUUUUCUGGUUCAUGACCAGGCUAUGGGGGUGUAUCUAUACGGGGAGCUGAUGCUUCAGGAGGAUCCUAAGCAGCAGGCUCUCGCCAGGCGCUGCCUCUCAUUGGUGCAGGAAGAAAUGGACCAAUCAGCACGAAGAGUGGUGGAGGAGAUGGUCCUAUGAUCUGGAGGCUGCUGAUUGUGGACGGAGAUGACAGGAGUUUGGCACUCAGGUUGAACGAGAGUUCAGGACUCAGCUCUUCUUCCUUCGAAUUAAGAGGGGACGCUGCAGAAUCGCUCAGCAGUGUGAAGGAACAAGAGAAGGAUGUGCUUUUACUCCACAGCCAAGGCCAACUGGCAAGUUUAAAGCAGAUCUGUUCAUUCAAGUCUGAUGAAGAAGCAGGUGAUAGGAGCCGUUUGUAGUGAAAUAUAAUGGUGCUGACUAUGCUGGACCUUUAAAAAUGAUGCUAUCAUGUUUACAAAUGAUACAUAAUGAGAAAAUGAAUAACUUUAUUGAUAGGGUUGUCACAAAACCAGAAUUUUAAGCUUGAAUAUGAAACUCUUGAAAUUGAUUCUCAACACAACACCACGGAACAAAAACAGCUCUAGGCACUCAAAAUUUGGUCAUUUCUUGCUGUAAUAACCAAAAAUUGCAGGUUAUCUCCUGCAUAGUUUAUUAAUCUCUGAAAAAAUGUUAGCUCAUUUCAAUCCAAAAUCUUUGCCGAUUUAUUUGUGCAAUCUAGACGGUGCUCUUUCUUCUGCUGGUGGCAGCUUUUCACCACUACGAUAAAGAGUCUGCUUUUUACAGUUGUGUCGAUAAUAAAAAAUAAUGGAGACAACCUGACAACCUUCGUCAUGGACGAGAGGGAGAAACUCUUGUGUUUUAGAGUCUGAGCUGCUGUGUUUAAGUGUGUGCUGUUGAAGAUAUGUGUGUGUAGGUGUGAGUUCACGUCUGUUUAGUCUGAAGUCAUGAUCUGAUUCUCAACAGUUUAGACUGGAAAUACUUAAAGGUGAGUCAUGUUUUUAGACAUAACAGAUUACUUCACCCCAGCCUGUUAAAACACUGGAAUACACAGCCAGGGUAAUAUAUUUCUUACUUUUGUAUCAUUGUAAAUGUCGUAUUUUUCCUAUUUGAUUGUAGAGAAACUCUUUGAU